CGGAAACAGUUGUGUAUUGUGUAUUGUUGUGUUCCAGCGUGGCCGUGCCCCACGCACGGCGAGCCCAACGUCGAGGAGCUGUGCAGCGACGUGCACUCGGACAACCCGCUGCACUCCAUGUUCCGCAAGGAGCCCAAGGCGGGCCCCGUGCGCUGCCCGUUCGCGCGCCCGCCCUACACCUUCUCGUACAACAAGGGCACGGGCGAGUGCGUGUCGCCCGUGUCGCGCGUGGACGCGUGCAUGGACAGCUCGCGGCUGCUGAUCCGCAACGCGGCCUGCGCCGACGUGCUGGGCACGCAGGACCUGGUGGAGGAGCUCGAGUGCCUGGCCACCUGGCGCGACGGGCCCUACCACUACAUGGUGGGCAAGCUGAGCCGGCCCGAGCUGGGCGCGCACCAGUCGGACGAGGACCGCUACCGCUGCUUCGUCUACGAGGACGUGUCCAACACCACCACCCAGGUCGCCAUCUCACCGGACGCCACCUGCGUCGGCAUCCCCUCCCCCUCCGAGGGCUCCAAGGUCAUGAAGCUGACGCGAGCCGACCUGUCGCACACGCGCUGCAAGUUCCCCGCCUGGGUGACGCAGCACCGGCACUGGUUCAGCCUGGACCACGCGCGCCAGUACAACUUCAGCCACACCAACGCGUCCUUCCGCCACGAGGUGCGCGAGGACCCCAACCUGUCGUCGCUCAUGCCCUCCAUGGCGCUGACGGGACACCUGUCCGGCCACAACGCGCCGCCCUCGUACAGCACGGGCGCGCUGGCGGCGGGGCUGCAGGGCGACCGGCACAAGCGCAACGAGCUGCUGGGCGUGUGCCACUCGCUGGAGGAGGCGGGCCCGCCGCCGCCGCCGCAGGGCGCCGCCCCCAACGGCACCGCCCCCGGCAGCUCCGCCCCCGACCGCGACCGCAAGCAGGUCAAGAUGGUCGUGCACGUCACAUCGGGAUGGUGAGUCUCGCUUGCGCAG